AUGGCCCAAACUUAUAUACCUCAAUUCAUCGAUCGUCUUCUCUCAGGUAUGAUUUUUAUAAGCCUAACCUGUCUACGCCAUCUUUUAACACACUAAUAGAGCCAACGAGAGGGAAAGAGAGCGCAGACACUACAGAUUGAAUCCUUGUUUUUGAUUUGAUUUAAUUCUAUUUGAGUCAACGACACGGCGAAUCCCUCCCUGACGCAUUCCAUCCGCGAGUCCGAGAUCGAUGACGUCAUCCAGCAGUGCACGGCUAUCAUUUUGGAGCAGCCAUCGAUCCUUGAGAUCGAUGCUCCGCUUGCCGUGAGAAAAUUCUUAUAAAAUACUUCAUUUGCGACGGUUUGAAACAGUCUGACCGGUCUGCGCUCUCUUUUCUCUUUCUCUUUGCAGCAGCAGAGAGCCGCACUGAGAGAUGAAGAGGGCGCAGAAAGCUCGUGUCUUCGUGCUUAGAGAAGAAACUGCAAAAUUGUCAGCGCGAUUUGGAGCUCCGUCGUUUGAGUAACAGAUUUUUAAAAAAUUUAGAAAGUGUCAAUUGGAGCUUCGUAGCGCAAAGUCACAACUUCGUUAGGGUCAUGCAUCCUUUUUUCAUCGUCCACAUUUUGCAGAUCUGCGGCGACAUUCACGGUCAGUACGUCGACUUAUUGCGCAUUUUCAAUCGCUGUGAUUUUCCUCCGGAACGGAACUACCUUUUCCUCGGCGACUAUGUUGAUCGGUAAGUUUCAAAACGUGGAUUUUAUGUAUGUGUGCGCUUUCUUUUUUCUCUCGCCUGCUUUCAAGAUAAUAAAUGAGAGAUUAGGAGGGCGCAGAGACUUUCAUGACGGUUUCAAAAGUAUCAAACCAAACUUCUGCCCGUCUGCGCUCUCUUCUAUCUUUACGAAAGAGUAAGCGAGAGAUAAGGAGAGCGUAGAGAUGUUAGAAAGCUCAUGACGCUAUAGAAGGGAAAAAGGGAAUUUCAGCCUAUCUGGGCUCUCUUUUCCCCAGCGGAAAAGUGAGUGUGAGAUUAGGAGAGUGCAGACAAGCUAGAAAGUUCACGGGGCCCUGAUAAAGAGAUAAAAUUCAAUUUAUGACUUUUUGCGCUCUCUUUUUCCCUAGCGAAAAAUUGAGAUAUUAGGAGGGUCUAGAGAUGCUAGAAAGUUUGCAUGAAUCUAUUAAAGAAACUGAAUCAAAAUUUCUGCCUGUCUGCACUUUAUUUUUCUCUCACAGGAGAGUACGUGUGAGAGUAGGAAGGAGCAGAGAUGCGAGAAAGUUCAGGACGAAUUAUUAAAAGAACUGAGCCGAAUUUCUGCCUGUCUGCGCUCUCUUUUUCUCUCACGAGCAAGCCAUUGAGAGAGAAAUAGAGCGCAGACAAGUCAGACUGUUCUUAAAGAACCGUGAAUAGAACUUUUCCAGUGGACGACAGCAAUUGGAGGUGAUUUGUUUGCUAAUGGCUUACAAAAUUCACUACAAGGGCUUGUUUUUCAUCCUUCGCGGCAACCACGAAUGCGCUUCCAUCAAUAAGGUCGAAAAACUAUCGGAAAAAUCAAUGGAAUCGAUUAUUUCAGACCUAUGGGUUCUACGACGAAUGUAAGCGGCGGUACUCGGUGUCAUUGUACAACUCUUUCCAGGUUUUUUUACAAAAAAAUUUUUUUGGGAAAAGAAGUUUGACAGCGUCAUCUGGAGCCUCGUGUCCUUAAGAAAAUAGAAAACUUGUUUAUACUGCUAGCCGUAAUUAGGAGCGUCGUAUAUUCGCGAAAAUGUUUUUAUAGAGUUAUUUGGAGUGUCGUAUCACUGAAUUUUCUUUUUCUCCAAAAAUUGGAAUUAUUUCGGACUGGGGCUUGUUACUCUUAAAAGAAAAUUAAAGAACUGAAAUAAAUUGACAAACUCAAAAAAUCGUUCUUUGAAGCAUCGUAUCAAAAUAAUUUAAAAAUAUGGAACUAACCGUUUUCUUGAACGAAAUGUUGAAUUUUCCAAUGUCAGCCGCCUUUUUCUUGAUUCGCAUUAUUAAAAAAAACCGUCUAUGAAGCGUUUCUUGGAGCGUCGUAUAGUCGAUGUGCCACGACUUGAAAUUUCAUGGAACGACACUCCGUUGGGUGUCCGUGGCCGUGAAAGCACCUUGCCUUUGCGAAUUUCGGUCGCGCUUUCCAUUUUUUUUUUUAUUCGAAAUUUUCAUUAUUUUAAUCAUGUUUUAAUAGUUUUCUUCGUACCAAACUCAUAAUUAUCUUUUUCUAGUGGAUAGACUGUUUCAUUGAUAAAAAAAUAAAGUAGAGUAAUUUGCGAAUUUUUAAGCGAAAAAAAUGCGUUUAUAAUAUUUGAAAGUUUUUUUCAUGAGAUGGUCUUUGGUUUUUGUUCAAUAUAUUCCGUUAUUUUACCUCCAUUGAGCCUUUAUCGACAUUUCUUUUUUCAUUUCAAAUCAUGUAAAAAAUAUCCCAAUCAGAAAUAAAAUACACAGUGAAUGAUUAAAAAAAAUUGAAUGUUUCUACAUUGACGAAUUUUUAUUAAAAAAAAACAGAUACAUAAGUUCAAAGGAAAAAUUAUUAGUUUGCUGGACAUUUCGUUCAGCACAUCGUUUCCACUGUUCCAAGUGCUCCCUGUUCACGCCCCAUUUCUGACGCAUAGUUCAGCAAUACGAUUUAUCUAAAGCUCCAUUUAAAAAAAGGAACGAAAAACCUUUCUUCAAAUUAUGGUGCAUGUGCUCAUGGAAGUACGCAUCUUCGUUUUUAUAAGGCGCUCACUUUCUGAAAAAAACAAUUAACGACUGCAAACAGAAAAAAAAAACGAUGAAAACAUUAAAACAUGGCUUUAAAAAAACACAGAAACUAUUGUAGAAUAUUGUGGCGUUUACGGCCUAUUUCACCCGCAAAUCCUUUGGUAAGUCUUUGAAAACUUUUUUUGAGAAACGAGAAAAACAAUAUUAAAGCGAUUGAAGAAUACAUGAAGUUUUUCAAACUUUUUUUAAAUCGCUUUUUUCGAGAAACAUCAUGAAAUUUACUGUGUUCUUUCUUUUACAUUUGUACAACGCAAUCCUUUUCAACGAUAAUAUUACAUUUUAAAGAAAUAAAACAAUAAAAAAACGAUCGAAAUUAGAAUGAAAACCAAAAAAAAAUUAGCGUGGCCGAAGUUGGCAAAUUCGCAAGAUGCGCGCUACCGCACAAAAUCGAAACAGCGGAGUGUUGUUCCAUGAAAUUUCAACUUGUGGCACAUCGACUAUAGCAAGAUUUUAAUGAAAUGGGAGAUUUCACGAAGCGUAUUUUGAAGCUUUUUAUAUGACAGCUUUUCAAAUUUUUCUUUCAAAAUAAAUUUUCCAGGAGAUCUUCAACGCUUUGCCCUUGUGCGCCUUGGUGUCUGGCCGGAAUUUUCUGCAUGCACGGUGGCCUUUCUCCGCAUAUCGACACCUGGGACCAGCUCUACGCGAUCAAGCGGCCGUUCGACCCGCCAAACCGUUGCAUCGCCAUGGUUUCAUAUUCGAUUCGGAUUAGCUAGUUUUCUAAGGGGGCGGAGGUUGUUCGAAGGGUGCCCGUUUUUGUCCAGCGGGUUCACCCGAAAAAAAAAGUUCGCCGAAAAGACUUUAACCGAAUGAAGCUUCAGGCCCUUUUCACCCGCUUUAUUCGAGGAUUUUUGAAAAAAGACCGCGUAAAAAAUUUGAAACAUAUUCUAUACCUGGAAAAAGAUUCUUUCUCUCUCAGGAUCUACUGUGGUCGGAUCCGGAUUCCGCCGUGACGGGCUGGAGCAAGAAUUCGCGCGGCGUGUCCUACGUCUUCGGCGCAGACGUCGUCCGGGACUUUUGCCAGAAGAUGAACAUUGAUCUGAUCGCCCGCGGGCAUCAGGUCGUCCAGGACGGCUACGAGUUCUUCUGCAACCGGCGGCUCGUCACCAUUUUCUCGGCGCCGAAGUGAACAUUCUGAAUGGGGGAUUGAGAGACUGUGAAAAAAAAGUUCAAAUUUGAUCUAUCGAAGGCGAGGAUCUCGGAAACGCAGACCAGACUCGCAUGCUGAGCAGGUGUCUCAACGGGUGUACCCGUAUUAAACCCGUGUUUCUGAGGUUAUUUUAGUCUCAGUUGGGCUAAAACGGGGGAACAACGGGUGUAAGAAAAAUAGGUAACCCAGCUGGGCUAAAGCGGGGUCUCAGUUGGGCUAAAAAGUGCCAAAAGUUCUAUCAGCUGGGCUUAUACGGGUUUAAUACGGGGGCACCCGCGGAGACCCCGUGUUAGCACGGCGGGGUUACCCUGCUCAGCAUGCGAGGACGCGCCCUGUGACCCCUUUAGCGGCGUCAUCCCUCUCAAGGGAUCACUUGAAAUGCCGGGUUGCGUCCGGUUAGCUUUACCGAGGUCCGAGCGAUAACGCGAAAUCUCUAAAAAUCUUUAAGUGAUCACUUUGACGUUUUCAAGCACUCAAGUGAUCACUUAGUGUCUUGAGCUACCAAGAUUCGAAUUUUCGAGGAUUUUUGGUCACUUUCCAAUACUUCAAAACCUGAACAUGAAUGAAAAAAGAGUGAGCCGUUUCCUGUGUUUUGGUGAUACAAUACUUUUCACACUAAUAUAACCAACAAAUUAUGACAUUUUGAAAAAACGAUGAUUCAGGUACUGUGGGGAGUUUGAUAACAGCGCCGGAGUGAUGAUUGUCAACGAGAGCUUGGUAAGUGACCCUUUUAGGGAUUUUUCAAGGCUGAUAAUUUCAGGAGAUUAGAUUCGAAAUUUUGGCGCCACUCAAUCGCGACGUUUACAUUCGAGCCCGUAGCAAGAGCCAAAAAAGUACGAAAAGUACAAGAAAGUACAAGGACGCGUGA